AAAAUAAACGACCCCGCGCUCACCUUGUAUUAAAACUGGCGCGCGGUAAAAGGGAAGAAGAAGAGGAGAAAGUGGGCCAAUCAGAACGUUCAAAACAACAACCACUACCACUACCGCUUCCGUUACCGUCCUUCUCCCCCCCGAUAUCCAUCCGCGUCGCGUCGUUUUGGCCAUUUUGCACGCGACCACCAACGCGUUCGGUUUAACAAUUGUGUGUGCGUUAUUUUUUCAAUUUUCCAACGGUGAAAAUCCCGGAUUUUUUCAUCAACAAAUCGUGAAAAUGGCCGAUAAUAAAGUGGAAAACGCUGAUGUGGCGGAAGAAGUUUGUUGCCUGAAGGAGAAACCGACGACGGAGAAGAAGGCGGCGGAGGAAAAGAAGGAGACCGUGGUGAAACCGACCGUUGACGAAGGGAAGGAAGAGAAAGAGGCUGAAGAAAAGGCGGAAAACGGCGACGCUAAAGAGGAAAAUGGUAAAGAAGAGGAAGAGGGGGAAGAUGAAACGGAAAAUGACAAAGAAGCAGAAUCGGACGUGAAGGCUUGUAAAAGGAAGUCGACAACCGGUGAUGCAUCAAAUGGGGUUGAAGCUACAACUCCAGAGAAGAAACAAAAGUUGGAAUCUAACAAAGGGGAUGAAAAGGACACCGAGGUGGCCGCUUAAUCGACCACAAAAAUAAAGAAAGCAGGAAUCUAAGCGAAAAAAUCGUACGUUUAAUUUUAUCUUUAUUUUUUAACCAUCCGAAAAAAAGAAAUAAGAGUAUAAAAAUUUUCCGUUUAGUUUAAAAUCACCCCCUUAAAAGAAUUUAAAGUUGUCGUUUAAUGUCGUUCUUAAAUAGUUUUUUGCUGUUAAUUUUUUUUUUCUUAAACGUGUGACGUAAAUAGAGUUUAAUAUUAAUGAAGAAAAAGGUAUAUUAUAUAAACUAUAAAGUAAAAGAUAAAAAAAUGGUGUACAUAAUCACGAUGAUGCGUUGUUUUGUGCAUAACAGGGAGUUAUUUUUACUUUUAGGUUUUUAUUUGUUUUUAUCCCUCCAAAAUUCCAAUUUAAUUAACCCUUCAAUUCAAAAAGAAUUGUACAAGAGAAUGUUUUGAAUAUAAAUAACCCAGUUAUUACAAUAUAAUUUAAGUUCAAAAUUAAGGGGUUAAAAAAAAUCCUCUCUCUUGCAUUUAAUUUAGAAUUCAACCCUUUUUUUCUGUAUUUAUUAAAGAAGGGAUCUCCUAUUUGUAUGAUUUUCUUCGUUUUUCCGUAAAAUUGUCUUUCGUUACAGGGUGUUCCAAUAAAUAAGUUUGAAUUAAAAAAAGUUUCAAAUAGUAGAAUAGAAUUAUCUCAGUGUGUACAUUUUUUUACAUUAAAAAAAAAAAUAUAUCAAUAAAAAGUUAAAAAUAAGAUGAAGGAGUUUUUGGACGCCCUGUAGAUAUAAAAAAAGGUGUUGUAAGUUUAGAAUGUGUGUGUUUAAAUAUUAUAAUUUUCUUUGGAUAUGAAAUUACUUUAAAAUGAAAGUAUAAAAAUAAAAAAAUAGUGUUUAAAUGUACUUAACUAUUUCUUAAGAAUUUACCUGACUAAUUUUUAAUGAUUAUUUCGCCCUCCCCAUAUCUCAUUUAGAAUAACCAUUUAUUCCUAUUAUUUAGGCGAUGAGUUGAGGUAAAAAUAAACUGUGUUGUAAAGUUUCA